UAUUGACAAAGAAAACACCCAUAGAUUAAUAUUUCAUAUAGAAGGCGUCGAUACAUAUAGAGUGGAGGCUUGGUACGUUUGGCUCUGUGUCUUUCUCUUUCGCGUCCUCCAGGGUUAAUUCUGACUAGGCUUAUUAUAUACUAGAGAGAGAGAGAGAGAGAGGAGAGAGAAACUUUGAUAAAAACCCAAAAAAAAAGUGGGACGAAUUUUGUUUUCCAUAUUCUGCGAAUGUCUGCUUCGUUUUAAUUUUCCUGGAAAAUAAGUGUUUCUGUUUUUGGAAGCUCGAGGAUCUGACCUGGGAAGCUAGGGUUUCGAUUUUACCCCGGAAGCCGAAAGUGAACAGAGAGAUGUUGAUCAGAGAUGCGGCUUUGUGACGAAUUUUAGCUGGAUCGGUCUAAGUUAGGUUUUACUUUUCAAGCUUCAUAAUUAUUAUAAUGGAUGAGGAUUCGUCUAUGGUGCCUGAGAACGAUCAGGAUCGGGAUUCUCAGAACCAUGAUGGAGGGCAAUCUCCGUUGCCUAUGGAGAGGGAGGCCUCUCACGACCAAUCACCGCCUGAUGGCGGAUCGGUGCCAACGCUUUCGAGCCCUGACCCGACGAGUUCUCAACAGCAAGCGGCCGCAGCUGUGGGACAAGAGCAGCCGGGGCAAGCGGUUGGUCCGAGGUGUGCGCCAUCGUAUUCGGUCGUGGAUGCUUUGAUGGAUAAAAAGGAGGACGGGCCUGGCCCUAGGUGUGGCCACACGUUGACGGCGGUUCCGGCCGUUGGUGAGGAGGGAACGCCUGGUUACAUUGGUCCCCGUCUUGUAUUGUUUGGUGGUGCGACGGCCCUUGAGGGUAAUUCUGGGGGCACCGGAACUCCAACUUCAGCUGCUGGAAGUGCCGGCAUCCGUCUAGCUGGAGCAACUGCCGAUGUUCAUUGUUAUGAUGUCCUUUCUAAUAAGUGGACUAGGCUUACACCAUUUGGAGAACCACCAACCCCAAGAGCCGCACAUGUUGCAACUGCAGUGGGGACCAUGGUAGUUAUUCAGGGUGGAAUCGGCCCUGCUGGUUUAUCGGCAGAAGAUCUACACGUUCUUGAUCUCACUCAACAACGGCCACGAUGGCACAGGGUUGUUGUUCAGGGUCCUGGACCAGGACCGCGUUAUGGACAUGUCAUGGCACUUGUGGGACAAAGGUAUCUCAUGGCAAUUGGUGGAAAUGAUGGAAAACGUCCACUCGCUGAUGUAUGGGCCUUGGAUACUGCCGCCAAGCCCUAUGAAUGGCGCAAGCUGGAACCAGAAGGGGAAGGUCCACCUCCCUGCAUGUAUGCAACGGCAAGUGCGCGUUCCGAUGGUCUUCUUCUCCUCUGUGGUGGAAGGGAUGCAAAUAGUGUGCCUCUGGCCAGUGCAUAUGGACUUGCUAAGCACAGAGAUGGACGUUGGGAAUGGGCCAUAGCCCCUGGUGUCUCACCAUCUGCCAGAUACCAGCAUGCAGCAGUUUUUGUAAAUGCAAGACUUCAUGUGUCCGGUGGGGCACUUGGUGGUGGACGCAUGGUUGAAGACUCAUCUAGUGUUGCAGUAUUGGAUACUGCAGCAGGUGUAUGGUGUGAUACGAAAUCAGUUGUUACUAGUCCUAGAACUGGCAGGUACAGUGCCGAUGCAGCUGGUGGUGAUGCUUCUGUUGAGCUGACUAGGCGUUGUAGGCAUGCUGCUGCCGCAGUCGGUGAUUUGAUAUUUAUCUAUGGCGGUUUACGUGGAGAUGAAAGGAGCAGGGAGUUAUCUGAUUCAGCCACUGAUGGCGCUGUUGUACUGGGAAGCCCUGUUGCACCUCCUGUAAAUGGUGAUAUGCAUACUGAUAUAAGCUCUGAAAAUGCAAUACUUCCAGUUACUCGGAGAACGAGCAAGGGUGUGGAGUAUCUCGUCGAAGCAUCAGCUGCAGAAGCUGAGGCAAUCAGUGCUACGUUGGCUGCUGCCAAGGCACGACAGGUCAACGGUGAAGUUGAACUCCCAGACAGGGAUUGUGGUGCAGAGGCAACACCUAGCGGGACACCAACAUCUUCGCUAAUCAAGCCAGAUUCUAUGGGAUCAAUCGGUGUUGCUCCUGCAGGAAUUCGUCUUCAUCAUAGAGCCGUGGUGGUUGCUGCAGAAACUGGUGGCGCCUUGGGUGGAAUGGUUAGGCAGCUAUCUAUUGAUCAAUUUGAAAACGAGGGACGACGUGUAAGUUAUGGGACACCAGAAAGUGCAACAGCAGCAAGGAAACUAUUAGAUCGACAAAUGUCAAUCAAUAGUGUUCCAAAGAAGGUGAUAGCUCAUCUUCUGAAGCCUCGUGGGUGGAAGCCUCCAGUUCGACGCCAAUUUUUCCUAGAUUGUAAUGAAAUAGCUGAUCUUUGUGAUAGUGCAGAACGUAUCUUCUCAAGUGAACCAACUGUAUUACAACUUAAAGCUCCUAUCAAAAUAUUUGGUGAUCUGCAUGGUCAGUUUGGGGAUCUUAUGCGCCUUUUUGAUGAAUAUGGUUCACCAUCUACAGCUGGAGACAUAUCAUACAUCGAUUACCUCUUCUUAGGGGACUAUGUCGAUCGGGGUCAACACAGUCUAGAAACAAUAUCCCUUCUGCUUGCAUUAAAGGUUGAGUACCAGCAUAACGUACACUUAAUUCGGGGAAACCAUGAAGCUGCAGAUAUUAAUGCUCUUUUUGGCUUCCGAAUAGAGUGUAUUGAGCGAAUGGGUGAACGUGAUGGAAUCUGGGUGUGGCACCGGAUAAACCGUUUAUUCAAUUGGCUACCUCUGGCUGCAUCCAUCGAGAAGAAAAUUAUCUGUAUGCAUGGGGGUAUUGGUCGUUCUAUAAACCAUGUGGAACAAAUAGAGAAUAUCCAACGCCCAAUUACAAUGGAAGCUGGCUCCAUUGUGCUCAUGGAUUUGUUAUGGUCGGAUCCGACUGAAAAUGAUAGUGUCGAAGGUUUACGGCCCAAUGCUAGAGGCCCUGGAUUGGUUACUUUUGGGCCUGACCGCGUCAUGGAGUUCUGCAACAACAAUGAUCUUCAAUUAAUUGUACGUGCACACGAAUGCGUGAUGGAUGGAUUUGAACGUUUUGCUCAGGGGCAUCUGAUAACGCUCUUUUCCGCUACAAACUAUUGUGGUACUGCGAACAAUGCUGGGGCUAUAUUGGUAUUGGGGAGAGAUCUUGUAGUGGUUCCUAAGCUGAUUCAUCCGUUACCUCCAGCAAUUUCAUCAACUGAAACUUCACCAGAACGACAUGUAGAAGACACAUGGAUGCAGGAGCUGAACGCAAAUAGACCAGCGACACCAACGAGAGGACGGCCACAAACUGCAAACGAGAAAGGAGGUUCUCUGGCGUGGAUGUAAGGCACACAAAGAGGCACGUGUAACAUCUGCCUCCAGGUGGUUUGUGUACAGAAAAGAUGAGCGAUAGACGAGAAACGACGAGGUUUGGAGAUAUCACGGGGGCUGUGUAAAUUGAGAUUACGAAAGCGUAGAGAAGUCAGUUUUGGUGGUGGUUUAGUAGUGAUUUGUAGAGUUCAUCCGUGUUCAUUUUUAUUCAGUCUGCUUUUUCUUUUCUUUUUUAUUUUAUAAAUUAUCUUUCUUUUCUUCCACUUCAAUUGAUUAUUUACCUUCUCGUUUUGGUUUGUGGUAUAGUUUUCAUGGCGAGUGGGAUACGAGUUCUUAGAAUGGUAAAGGUCGACAUACAUGUCAUCCGUAGUUGUGAGGGGGAUGGUCUGCUGUCUUUUUAUUCUGUAUCAUAGGACGUACGUUGGGGCUUUUGUGUAUUCUUAAUUUUUCUCUUUUCAGCUCUUACUUUUGAAACGUUUGUGCUGAUAUCACGAUACGAGACAUUUUACUCCCCUCCCUUUGGGUUGUCUAAGCUAAGACAGAACAAACAAACAAAACAUAAUUAGUUUAAUUGUAAAUGAAACUAAUUUUAAAGUAAAGUUGCCUCG